AUGUCGACGUUUGGCCCAGAAAUUCCUAAGGUCUCCUUAGAGGACAUCACCGAGGACGAAUCUAGAGAUGAUGAAACUAGCCAGAGUGCAGAUAUAGAAGAUAUCGAAGUUGAUGCUAUCCUUAGUGCUAGUGUUUCUGACGAUGUUGAUAGAAUCACGGAGAAUGAUAUUGCCGUGUUACGCAGCCAGAUGUCUUCUGAUCAACUUGUGAGUGAUAGGGAUGUGAUAAAUACAGAGAUUCUCAUUGAAAAUGGUAAACAAGAGGAGAGAGAGUUGAGCGGACAGCUUGUGUACACAAGCUUAUGGGAUGUAUUGACACGAGGUUCUAUAAAUAUAAUACUUCCGUUCAUCAACGGUAUGAUGCUUGGAUUUGGGGAAAUAUUAGCUCAUGAGAUUGGAUUUAGAUAUAAUUGGAUAGGAGCAAGAGUUCAACCGCCGAGAAGAAUGGAGCGUAAAAACAACUCUGCUAAGUCCCAAUUUUUGUAA